AUGUACAUGGGAGACACUAGGCAACAAAGAACAUUAAACAGGGUUAAGGACUUUGACAUUUUGUCAGUGAGCGUCAUAACCACUGGACCACCACGAUAUGUGAAUCACGUGAGGAUAAGGAACAACAAAACCGGAGAAUACGAGUGCUGUUAUAAUUAUAGAAGUGUUUCUGGCACGUGUGAAGCUUGUGUUGGGUCCUGGGGAAGGGAGUGUCAACAUGGCUGUGAGUUUGGAUUCUUCGGACAGUUUUGUGGGGGAAAGUGUAACUGCAGUCAGAAUCAAAUAUGCAACCCAGUCAGUGGAUGUGUGAAUGUCAACGAUUUCACGACAGAAUCUGAUCAGAAUGAAGCUGGUGAAGCGCUGAAUUUACAAACAAUCAUCACAACUGUGGGUGGCGUGCUAGUCCUAUCUUUGAUCGGGACUAUUUUGUUUGUGCGACUGAAACUGAAACAAGAUACUAAUACUGGAAAGAUGACAUCAUCAGUACCUUCAGGCAAUGAAUGUACAUUCCAACUUGAACAGAAAGAUUGUAUUUAUAACGAUGUUAGAGAAUCACGAAUGAUCGAUAAUUCAGAUCUUAGUCCGUGUAAAAAACACACUUUACCAAGAAACAGUGUGGGACGCAAUAAACAUAUGCAGCACUGGAGAAGUUUACCAAGACGCCAACCUAAAGAAUGGCAGAAUCAGUUAACUCGUUCCAGAACUUUAGUUCCGGGACAGUAUGGGCGAUAUAACAGAUAUUCAGAUGACUAUAACCACCUACAAUUUAACAAAAUGUCUACCCUACCGGAGAAACCAUCUGUUAGUACACGCAUAAAUCAUUAUGGCAUGAGGAAGCCGAAAUUUGCGAAACCUUCAUCAAAAGCCACAAAAGCUGAGGCCCGGGAGUUCAUUGACGAGAAUCAUUAUGUUAAUUUUACAUCGGAAGAGUAUCCUACCACGCCUAGAUCCGGAAUCCCAUUGAAGCCUAGGAAUUGUUGUCCAUAUAGUUCUGUUAAAUACAACAGAAAAGUAGAAAUGGAAUAAAAACAACGGAAACAAAUAUGACUAUACAUGAAUAAUCUAUGUUGGUAAACGUUUCUCGAGUACAAGUCACGUGACGAGAGAAAAUGUAGAUUUCUUUGCCUACCAUCUCCCCAUGAAGUCUUGUACCACCUAUGAUCUCAAUUGUUUCCUUUCUCCCGUCUUACAAUAAUUGUUAUUUGAUAUUUACUGUGAGAUGUUUUUCCCAUAUUCAAUGCUACUGUAUUAAUUCGCAUAAUAUGGCCUUCAUUGUUCAUCAUCUUUCUACAGGCCUUCAUUGUACGCUAUUUUUGGCCUUUAUUUGCUUUCCAUGUUAUGUUUUGUCUUUAUGAGCAGUUCAGUAUUAUGUACCAUUAAUCAGUAUCAUGUAACAGUAUUAUGUACCAUUAAUCAGUAUCACGUAACAGUAUUAUGUACCAUUAAUCAGUAUCAUGUAACAGUAUUCAUAGGUAGGGGAAUCAGUACUAAUAUAAAACUUAUACGGUACCAAUUUUGAUGCACCAGAUGCGCCUUCAUUGUUCAUCAUCUUUCUGCAGGUCUUCAUUGUACGCCAUCUUUCGCCUUUUUGUGGUUUCCAUGUUAUGUUUUGUCUUUAUGAGCAGUUCAGUAUUAUGUACCAUUAAUCAGUAUCAUGUAACAGUAUUAUGUACCAUUAAUCAGUAUCAUGUAACAGUAUUUAUAGGUAGGGGAAUCAGUACUCAUGUGUUCAAAUGUUAUGACAAUGUGUAAUACAUGUAGAUUUCCCUUCGAUGGUUUGUGAACUCAUUUUUUCUCAUAUGUUAUAUUUAAUAAAUGACAUUUUCAGUCUCA